AAGUAGGCUAUGACAUCCAUUGUAGAACUAUAAUAUGCACUCAAACUAUCGUUUAUGAGCAUUAUUUCAAUAUAUAAAGGCUUUGCAAAGUCCUCUGAGGGAUCAUUCAGCUACUUUAACAAACGAAUAGGCUACUGUGAUUGUUUUACUUACACUAGCCAUUAAUUGCAGUACAUUAGCCAUCAGUAAAAGUCGGGAUAUUCCAGUAUCUUUUUCAAUGUGGGCGUGUUUAACAUUAUACACCACACCUACCCACGUGGUGCCACCAUGGCUGCAUCUGCUAAAAGUUAAGUGUCCUUUCUGCCAUCUGUCUUACCAGUUUUCAUCUUCACUUUCAAAGCAUGUUAAGGAGAAACAUAGCAAUGAGAAAAGCGUCAAAGAUUCUCACGUUUUCUGCAAUUUAUGCGGCUCAAUGGUUUUAAGUGUGGCAAAGCUAAUUGAGUAUCUUCAUCAAAUCCACAACAAGGAAAUCAAAAUAACAAACCAUGAAUUUGGCGUUCUAUUGAUAAGUUUUAUGAGUGGAAGAAAGGGAAAGAAAGUCAUUCAAAGUCUUUUUAUGUCAAGAACAGUGCCAGUCGCAUGCAAGGUCUUAACAGGAAAUCCUAUUAUUAUUGUAACAGGUCUGGUGUGGUGCGUCAGUCGAAAGAGAAACGUCAGAGAGCUCCCAAGGUUCAAGGUUCCUGUAAAACAAAUGAAUACUGUACUGCAUGCACACAUGACAGUGAUUGAGGAUUUUAUUACGAAGAUGGUUAAAGUCACUUAUUGCAGUCAUCAUGGUAAUCACAAACCAGAGGUAUGUCAUUUGAGAGUACCUGAUGAAGUAAAGAAUGCUGUUGCAGCUAAGCUAGCUGAAGGAGUAACAAUUGAAAGAAUACUGGAUGAUAUUAGAGACAGUGUAACUGGUACUAUUGAAAGGGAGCAUCUUAUGAAUCGUCAGGAUGUUCACAACAUUGAAUACAAACUUAAUCUUCAAAGUAUCGAGAAACAUCAAAAUGAUCAUUCAAGUAUAGUAGCAUGGGUUACUGAAAUGCAGGAAAUGGAAUGUCAAAUGAGAAUGAUCAUGAUAACAUUGAUACAACAGUAGUAGCUGAAUCACCAAUUGCAGAUCUAUCCACAGAUCACUCAACAUCUUUAUCACUUACAGAACAUUCUACACUAGCACCAAAUGAGGAUGCUGUACAAGAAGAAAAUCAGCUUGCCUAUUAUU